ACCAAAAUCCUCUCAAGGAUGCGAGUCAUGGCGACUGUAAUCGCCCGUACGCAAGCAAGGCAAGCAAGCAAGCACGCACGCACGCACGACGCUUGGGCUCAAAUGCAGCGCAAUUCGAAGCUUUCGUGGGUCGCGGCGACUCAAGCAAGACUGAAGAAGCAGACGAGGCAACGCGAGAGCUGAUUGGAUAUGGGACGAGCGUCGAGGGCGGCGACCGUGAUGAGUCGUGUAGCCGCGUCAGCCUCCCUUUCUCUUCUCGGCCAGUGGGCAGCGCCAGACAGUGGAGGCGGAGUGAACAAAGCUAUCGGCAGUGAGGGCGACGCAGGUGCAAGCAUGCAGACCGCUGCGCGCACCACCACAGGUUGCUCUGCCUCGUCGUCUCGUAGUGCUUCUUCCUCAUCUUUCAAACCUCACCGCCGCGCUCGACACCGCCCCAGAAAUCGCCCCCUUUGCCGUGGUAAGCCGAAUUCCGCUCGAUGCCACCACCCGCUGCCGCCGCCGCCAUUAUCAUCGCCCGCCCUUUGUCAUCGCCGCCACUUGCCGUUGCGUGGCUUCGUUGGCGCUGGGUUUGCUGUCAUCGUACGCCAAAGCCGCAAUGCUUCGACGGCGAUAUCACCAAUCUCGCCGAUGUCAAUGGCCUUGAGAACAGCAUCGAGGCUCAGUGACUACGACUCGCUCAGAAGGGAAGGAUGGAGGAAUGGUAAGGAGCGGGGCAUAGCUGCUCGAGGCAUGGGGGGCAUUCUCUGCAACGACGCCGCCUGCGUACGUGCGCAUGAGCAUAUAGCGAGUGAGCGAUGAGCGCGCGUGGCUUACUGUGAAGACUCGUUGAUUCCCUGGAAGGUUUAAGGUUCCGCUUCGUAUUGCCGUGUGACAGUUGGUGUCUAAUCGAAGGAGCCAAGGCUUGCGUCGCGAGCGCCUUUCUGCAAUCAUCGGCCGACAACGCUUUAAAUUGGGCUGCGCCAACAGGCACGAACGGAGAGCUCCGAGCAGCACAGCUCCGAAGGGUGGGCGG